AUGGAGGUUGAAGUAUGCAUCCUGGAAUGGAUGUUGGUGGUUGUUCUUGAAGGCCCUAAUCAAGCAAAGGCCCAAAUAAAUACUUUUGUCUUUCUUCUUCUGGUUACAUUGUCUGCUCAAUUGACAGAUAAUCAACUCAACAUGGAACAUCUCCGGCAAACUUUUACCCUAUGCCAGCAGCAAGGCCGGCCGGCAUUGGUCACAUACGUGACGGCUGGGUUUCCUACGGUGGAGGAAACCCCAGCGGUCAUGCUUGGCUUGGAAGCCGGAGGGGCUGAUAUAAUUGAGCUGGGUCUACCCUUCACGGAUCCCAUUGCAGACGGCCCGACCAUUCAGAAAUCCAAUCUGAAAGCCCUCGAGAAUGGCGUUACCGUUUCCUCCAUGCUGGACAUGGUCCGAGGAGCCCGUCAAAAGGCGCUAAGAGCGCCGGUGCUUUUCAUGGGUUACUAUAACCCAUUGUUGCACUAUGGGGAGACCCAGAUCCUGGCCGAUUGCAAGGCAGCUGGAGUUAACGGCUUCAUCAUCGUUGAUCUACCUCCAGAAGAAGCGAUCCGAUUCCGCAACGGCUGCACAAAGACUGGACUUUCGUAUGUCCCCCUUAUUGCACCCUCAACCACAGAAGACCGCAUGAAAAUUCUCUGUGGCAUAGCCGAUUCUUUCAUCUAUCUCGUCUCACGCAUGGGCGUCACCGGCGCCACCGGAUCCCUCAAUGCAGACCUCCCUGCCUUCAUCAAGCGUGUCAAGGAGCUGUCUGGUAAUGUUCCCGUGGCCGUUGGGUUUGGCAUCAGCACCCGCGAGCAUUUUAAAAGUGUGACCUCCGUUGCGGAUGGCGCCGUUAUUGGCAGUCAGAUAAUUGCGGUGCUGGCUGAUGCCCCAGCCGAGAAGGCUGCAAGAGCAGUCGAGAAUUACUGCUCGCAAAUCACGGAAAGGAAUGUAAUCCGGGAUUACAGCGACGCGGCAGCUACGGCCGUGGUAGAAAACAGCGAGGUCUCCCAGGAAGAUACGGAGGAUGCAACAACAACAACUGCGAUAGAUGGAACAGGAAGGUUCGGUGUUUUCGGUGGUCAAUAUGUCCCCGAAGCCUUGACGACCUGUCUAGCAGAGCUAGAGGCCGGGUUCCAAUCGGCGCUGGAAAAUCCCGCGUUCUGGGAGGAGUACCGCUCUUACUAUCCCUACAUGGGCCGGCCCAAUGCUGGCGGAGCGAAUAUCUGGCUAAAACGGGAGGACCUCAACCAUACGGGCUCCCACAAAAUCAACAAUGCCCUAGGCCAAAUCCUGAUCGCGCGUCGGUUGGGGAAAACUGAGAUCAUCGCCGAGACUGGCGCAGGCCAACAUGGUGUCGCGACUGCCACUGUGUGCGCUAAGUUUGGCAUGAAGUGCACGAUCUACAUGGGUGCUGAGGAUGUCCGUCGCCAGGCAUUGAAUGUCUUUCGGAUUCGGUUGCUGGGCGCCACGGUUGUCCCUGUGGAGGCUGGAUCGCGCACACUUCGGGACGCCGUGAACGAGGCCUUUCGCGCAUGGAUUGUGCGGUUGGAUACUACGCAUUACAUUAUCGGCUCUGCGAUUGGGCCUCAUCCUUUCCCUACAAUCGUGCGCACGUUUCAGUCGGUCAUUGGAGACGAAACCAAGGCGCAACUGAAAGAGCUAGGCAAAAGUCCGGACGCCGUGGUUGCUUGCGUUGGAGGAGGCUCGAAUGCGGUGGGCAUGUUCUACCCCUUCUCAUCAAUUCCCUCCGUUCAGCUCGUCGGGGUGGAAGCCGGCGGGGACGGUCUGGACACGGCGCGGCAUUCAGCUACCUUGAGCGGUGGUUUCGUCGGUGUCUUACAUGGUGUUCGGACGUACGUCCUACAGGGCCAACAUGGCCAGAUCUUAGACACGCACUCCAUUUCUGCGGGACUGGACUAUCCUGGCGUUGGACCGGAAUUGGCUCAGUGGAAGGAGAGCAACCGUGCGACCUUUCUCUCGGCCACUAACGCGCAGGCCUUGCACGGGUUCCGACUUCUGAGCCAGCUGGAAGGUAUUAUUCCGGCAUUGGAGACCUCACAUGCGGUAUGGGGGGCGGUUGAAACCGCUAAGCAGCUGGGACCCGGCAAGAACCUUGUACUGUGUAUGAGUGGCCGGGGUGAUAAAGACGUGCAGAGCGUGGCGGAUGAGUUGCCCAAGAUCGGCCCUCAGAUUGGAUGGGAAUUGCGCUUCUGA